GUUAGCUUUCCUCCCCCAGCAUGGAGACCACGGGGAAGAUACCCAGCGGCCCGCGUCGACUCCGAGACUUCUUAUACCACCCCAUUUCCUACUCCUACUUAAUCUACAACAGCAGCGGUACCACCAACUCCGACCACUCUUCAAAUUCCUCCCACUUUAUCCUCUCUUUUCUCCGUCUCCCUACUCUUAUUUUUAUCCCCCUUUCCAUGUCUCCCCGCUCUUCGUCAUCGCCGCAGCCGAAGACGGCGCCAAGAAAUCGAUUUCCCAAAACCCUUGCUUUCUCCUUCUCUCUCUUCACGACCUUUUCUUGUUUUCCUCUUUUGAUCGCACUUAAUUCAUCGUGAAGUCCGUCGACUCGGUGUUUCGAUCUCAGUUGUGGAAUUUCGCGAGCUAGGGAUAGUGGAUCAUCGGAGGCCGACGGGUGGAGCUAUGGAGGACAAUGUGGGGAUACCGGAGGAUCUGAGGUGCAAGAGGUCGGACGGGAAGCAGUGGCGAUGCAGCGCGCUAUCGAUGCCAGAUAAAACUGUGUGUGAGAAGCACUACAUCCAGGCAAAGAAGAGGGCGGCCAACUCUGCUCUGAGGGCCAGCCUGAAGAAGGCCAAGAGGAAGUCUCUUGAGGAUGCGGAUGUCUAUUUGGAGAGCAAGCAUGAAGGGAGGGAGGUCUCGAGGUCCAUGUCUCCCAUGAAUCCCGGCAGUGGGGAGUUUUCUGGUUCGGGAGGUUCUAUGAAGAAGUACAAGGAGAGGGUGCCCAAAGGUCAGGCCCCGUACUCGUCCGAGACGAUGUCAGUGAGGGGUUCUUUCGCUCGUGGUGGUUCUUUGAGACGUAGCGAGGACCUGCAGAGAGAUACCCUUCAGGCCGAUGAGAAUCGGUUCAGGUCUAUAUACAACACCCCUCCAUCAAGUAAAGAGGCGAAGAACUUCAGUGGGAUUGGUCCAGGGGAGUACUCAGGGAAAAGUUCUGAUUCAUCUGGUGGAGCCGAGGGGCUAACUUGCCAUCAGUGCAGGAGGAAUGACAGGGCAGAUGUGGUCUGGUGUACUAGUUGUGAUCGAAGAGGAUACUGUGAUAACUGCAUUUCAAGAUGGUAUGCUGAGAUUCCAAUGGAGGACAUUCGAAGGGUUUGCCCAGCAUGUCGUGGUAUUUGCAAUUGCAAAGUUUGCUUGCGUGGAGAUAAUUUAAUUAAGGCUAAGAUACAGGAAAUUGCUCCCGUUGACAAGUUGAGAUAUCUUCACACACUUUUGGCUUUUGUACUUCCUGCGCUUAAGCAGAUUUAUGCUGAGCAGUGCUUCGAAAUAGGGGUCGAGACAAGAGUAUAUGGACAAAAAGCAGAUAUUCCGAGGGCAAACAUAAAUGCAGAUGAGCAGAUGUGCUGUGAUUUCUGCAAAAUACCUAUUUUUGAUUAUCAUCGACAUUGUACAAAAUGUUUCUAUGAUCUUUGUCUCACCUGUUGUCGGGAUCUCCGACAAGCACCUGUGGUUAACAUGAGAGGACAGUCCACGGAGGGUCGGGUUUCUGAGAGAAGCAAAGAUGUUGUUGCUCCAAAUAAGGAUAAAUCUCAGUUACACUCAGAAGACAAGAAUCCCAUUGAUUUUGCGCAUCUAUUUCCUAAGUGGAAAGCCAACAGCGAUGGAAGCAUCCAAUGCGGACCUAUUGAGGCCAACGGCUGUGGUUCCUCAAAAUUAAUUUUAAGGCGUAUUUUUAAGAUUAACUGGGUAGUGAAGCUUCUUAAAAAUGCCGAGGAAAUGGUUAAUGGGUGUAAAGUAUCUGAUCCAGGCAGCAUAGAUAAAUGUCUUUCGUGUAUGGGGAGCAAGACUUCUCUGUCAGGUAGGUCAAGUGAGUCACUUCUCCGCCAGUGCUCUAACAGAUAUGAUAGUGGCCUCUUUUACCACCCUGUUUUGGAGGAUUUGAAACAGGAGGGUAUUGCCCAUUUUCAUAAACACUGGGCCAAGGGUGAACCAGUUAUUGUUAAGCAUGUGUUUGAGCAUUCAUUGGCUUCAAGCUGGGACCCAUUGAGUAUUUGGAGAGGGAUUCAAGAGACAACAGAUGAGAGACUGAAUGAGAACAUAAUCGUCAAGGCUGUGGAUUGUUUGAACCACUCAGAGGUUGAUAUUGAACUAAAUCAGUUCAUCAAAGGGUAUUCAGAGGGACGCAAGCAUGAAGAUGGUUGGCCACAAAUGUUGAAAUUAAAGGACUGGCCACCUCCUAGCACUCUGGAAGAGUUUUUAUUGUGCCACAGACCUGAAUUUCUUGUUAAUUUCCCAUUAGUUGAGUUCAUUCAUUCCAAGUGGGGAAUUCUAAAUCUGGUUGCUAAGCUGCCGCAUGAUACCCUGCAGACUGAAGUAGCACCUAAGCUAUUUAUUGCUUAUGGGACACAUGAAGAGCUUGGUAGAGGUGAUUCUGUGGCCAAUCUUCAGAUUAAUAUGGUUGACCAGGUUUAUUUAUUGAUGCACACAGCUGAAGUGAACAAUCAAACUUUUAAGAAGUCUGAAAUGGAUAAAAAUGAGAAAACUUUUAAGGAGUUUGAUGCAAAAAGGUCGCUUGGGAAUGCCAACAUAGCCCAUUCUAAUAUGAAUGUAGAUGAGAGGACAGCACCACUUGAUCUGACACAGAGAGAACAUGGUAAAGAAAAGGAAUGUAGUUCCGGCUUGAAAUUUAAGGAAGACAAUACUAUGGAAAAUCUACACCGGCAUUCUGAAAUGGCUUCCUUAGAAACGAAGGAACUUGAUUCAUCCCACUCAGCCAGGGAAAUUGUGGGUAGCCCAGAAAAAGGUAGUGCUGGAGCUAUUUGGGAUGUUUUCCUCAGGCAGGAUGUUCCAAAGUUGAAUGAGUAUUUGAAAGUACAUGGGAAGGAAUUUACAGUUGCUGGUCAGCCAUAUAAUUCGGUCAUGCAUCCUGUUUAUGAUCAAGUCGUAUUCCUCAAUGACAAACACAAAAGAACUCUGAACGAUGAAUAUGGAAUAGAGCCAUGGACGUUUAAACAGCAUGUUGGAGAGGCUGUUUUUAUUCCCACUGGAUGUCCUUUUCAAGUGAGGAAUCUACAGGGGUUGAUUGAAGGCUACUAUGUCAGAGAUUGUGGAGGACAUGUUAGGAAGAGGGAGCAAAAAAAGGGAAAGAAAAAGAAAAUCAAGGAGAAAAGAUUAAUAAGAAGAAUUUCUGGGAAGAAGCAAGGUGAGACCUUAUACAGAUUAAGCAUCUCCGGGUGCCUACAGUUAUGUCUUGAGAAAUUGUGGAAGAUAGUGGCUAUGUUAAUGAUCUGAGGAAAUCUGGGGAUCUAUUGGUGUGAUCCAUGAGUCUUUUUUUCCUUCCUCUUCUAGUGAUGUUUUACAGAUGUGGUAAGACUUGAAUAUGAUAUGCAGCAUGAUCUUUUCUGUGAGAUUUCUAGUCAUGGUCCUGCUGAUUGAUGUUAACUUCAAUUGAUGUUAACAUCAGGGAAGGCAAUCAUUAAAAUUUGUUUACUUUGUUGGUAUUAAUUGGAGAGAGCUUCAAUUUUAGGAGAUCAAAUUUUUCUUUCAGUUUAAGAAGUCAGUUGGAUUUGAUAUCUUGGUGGUUGAUCCUAUCGAAAAGGGGAAGAGGCAGGCUGGGAAAACUGAUUGGUGCUUUUCUUUGAGAAGAAGAAGAAUAAGAAGACUAUUUCCCCCUCACCUUGUCAUUUUUUUGAGUGUGUUUCUUUCCUCUGACUUCCAUCUUUAUUUCUUUAUCUACUGUUGUUCUCCUUAUGUUAUUUAUAUCUUCAUUUCCAUAAUUGAUCAGUCUCUAAGCCCAUAUAGUUAUCUAGAGCUAUCCUUUAACCCUCAGUUGGGUGUGAGACCAUCCUUCAUUCGCGAGCCCAAACCCUGGAUUGAAUUGAAAUAUUUCCUUUUACUUUCUUAUCUUCUAAGAAACUUACCUGAAAUAACUUUCUAAACUCAGUAGAAUCUAUCCUUGGCCUGCAAACUCCUAAUCCAUAACUCCUUGAACCUAGCUAGGCAACUAAUCUCCAUAUUGAUCUCCAUUUUCCUCAUCUUGCAUCCUAUCAUCAGGAGUUUACAUCCUUAUAUACAGCUUGGCUUACUUUGGAGCCAAAUAUAUUUGUAAUCCUUACGAUGUUGAGCCCACUUAUUAUUUGCAUUUAUUACACACCUAAGUUGAGAACUGCAGUAAUGUCUCUUGGAAGUAGUUAAAGUUAUAAUGGAUCUUAUCGACAUCUAUUUCAAUGAGUUAAACUUUUGAAGAGUUUCAUCUCAUGAAAAACACUUAUCGCCGAGAUGAUAAGAUCCAUACUAAUUCUUGUUGAUGCAAAGUGGUGCAUUCUGAUGUGAGCAUGAACCUGCCUCAUAUAUCUUUGACCAUAUUGGCUACAUGCUGGUGCUGUAGUCCUUGAAAUCUCUUUGAUUGUGUGAGAGAGAUGAGUGUGAAAGGGCAAAGCCCCUGAGAUCACAAGGAUUGGGGGUUUAGCAUAGAACUUUCUGCUAGGGAGAGGGGAGAAAAUAAUUUUCUUUUGGUAGCCAGACACCUCCCCUGACCUUUUGCAGUUCUGAUAUAUUCUUUCAAAAACUUCAUAUCACUUGGGACUGCAUUGUAAUGAUCUCUCAUGAGUUCAAACAUCAGUGAAGCUUUAAUGAAUGGAUGAAGUGUUUAUGGACAAUAUUGAAAAUGGAUAGAGUUGAUUAUCAGUUGGGAGCUUCCCCAUUGACGUAACAUAUUUAAAUCCAUUUUGGAAAUGGAUAGAAUUGAUUAUUGGUUGGGGAGACCAAACUUUAUACUGGCUAUGGAGUGUCAUAGUUUAGUUCUUAGUGUUGCUUUUGGUUUGCAAAUCACACUUCCAUUUCUUGCUAUUCAAUCUAUUUAUAUUGUCAGAAAUGCAUCUGAUUUUAUCACACAACUACAAGCAGAAACCUCUCCAGCUUCAUUAACUUCGUUGUAGUUAUUAUAUUGAGCUACAAAUAGUAGUUCUUUGUUCCCGACCAUAGAAGCCCUCUGCUUUGAAGAAACCUGGCCAAGCAGCGAUAGGGUUGAGAAGGAGAUGUUGCAUGCUUUCAAAUAUUUGAAAUAUAUAAAUUUAUUUUAAAUGUUUAUUAUAAAAGAUUCAUUUC